AUGGUAAUUAUUACAAAUGCAACCACAGGUGUCUCUGUUGGUACCACACCACUUGUAUCAUGUGACAUCUCGUAUGAUGGUUCUUAUAGUACUGUUUCAAAUGCAACAACUGUGUAUCAACUAAAUAAUAAUAGUAAUGGUUACAGUGUGGCGAUAGGAAAUCAAUCUGGUUAUCAAAAUCAAGCCCAGAAUACUAUUGCGAUUGGAAACUAUGCUGGGUACCAGAAUCAAACUGCAAACUUGAUUAUUCUGAAUGCAUCUGGUAGUGAUUAUCCAGUUGAACUUCGUGGUGGAGUAAUUUUAUUUGGAACCAUAGAUGGAAUUACUGGUACUGUAGGAAACCCUGCAGUUGAACGUAUGCGUAUUGCAGCAAAUGGUCUUGUAGGAAUUGGGACAACGAAUCCUACUUCUGCACUACAUGUGAAUGUGUUGCUUGAUGGUGGUCCUAGCAAUCCUACUCCCGCAUUUACAAAUACGAUAUGGUCAAAUGGAACUGCCUCUGUUUAUUUAUUUGUAUUUGCAUCCAUUGAUACUGGAAAUAUUUCAAGUGGAUAUUAUGGUGGAAUGGCACUACUUGUUCCUGUUACUUCAAGGUCGACACUGCAAGGAUCCACAUCAAUUGCCAUCGGAUAUUUGGCAGGAGCAGUGUCACAGCCCGCAUCCAGUAUCGUCCUGAAUGCAUCUGGUACGGCUUUAUCGGGUGUUUCAACAAAUGCAUUAUACAUUGCUCCUGUUCGAAAUGUCACCGCCACCAAUCUUAUGAUCAAACUCUAUUGUAUCACUUACUUCAUUAUCCACAUCUACGCUAACUACAUCCACUUUGUUACCUUUUCUUCACUUCAAGGAUCGACCAUUGGUACAACCAAUGUUAAUGCAACGAAUGUAACUGCAACCGAUUCUAUUUUGGCUUCAACACUUGUUACAUCCACAAUAACAACCAAUGUGUCCAAUGUAUCCAUCUUGAAUGCACAAUUUAUCAAUUUCUCUUCACUUCAUGGAUCAACCAUUGGUACAACGAAUGUCACCACAACGAAUGUUACUGCUAGUAAUGUAACAGCAACCAAUUCUAAAUUGGCUUCAACACUUUUUACAUCCACAAUAACAACAAAUGUAUCUAAUGUAUCCACUUUGACAGCACAACUCAUCUAUUAUUCCUCACUCCGAUCGACAAUACAGGCCAACAAUCUUGUCAUUAAUUCAACCAUUACUGUCUCAACAUUAAAUGCAUCCACAAUCAAUGUUCCUGGUCUAUCUCUUACUUCAUUCUCUACACUUACUGGAAGUUCAUUAACUGCAUCAACAAUUGCUGUAUCCAGUCUGAAUAGCAAUGAUGUCAUUGUUAACUCAACACUUACUGUCUCAACAUUGAAUGCAAGUUCUAUUAGGACAAAAUCGUCGAAUUGUGUCCCAAUUUGCGUUUUCGCGGGCCGUGUCCCAGUUCGCUGUUUUACUAAUGUUCCUGGUCUAUCACUUACCUCAUUUUCCACACUGAUUGGAAGUUCAUUAACAGCCUCUACAAUUACUGCAUCUACUUUGUCAGGAAAUAGUAUGACACUUGCUUCAACACUCACGGUUUCAACAUUAAAUGCAAGUACCAUCAAUGUUCCUGGUCUAUCUCUCACUACAUUCUCUACCCUCACUGGAUCCACCUUAUCUACAGUUCCACAAUAUGUGGUGGUACAACAGGUGCAACAGGUGCAGCUGGUUCAUCUGGCCAAGUUGGACAAUUCUCAUACACUGCUGGUGGAGCACAAAUUGUACUAUUCUUUUGGCAUAUACUAUCAAGAUAAUGCAGUAGUAACUACAAUUAAUUCUAGUUCACGUAUUAUAUGCACACUACUCAGUGCUGGUUCACCAGGUGUAACAGGUCCAGCUGGACCACAGGGACAAGCCAUACAAGCAGCGUAUACUGCAACAGGAACACAAACAGGAGUCUUCUCAUCGGGCACUUUUGUAGCUGUUGCUUUUCCUACAUUAAUAACAUUACAGUCACAAGGUGGUGGUUUCUCUGCAAUUGGAUUAAGUGGAACAACCACGUUAUUUGGUGUAUUGGUUCCUCCCAAUGGAACAAUUGCACUGUAUUAUAUAGAAAAUGCUGGUACUUCAGUAACAAUAAAAGUGGAAUCUACAAUUACAUUAUCACUUAUUAUUGCUGGUACACAAGGUCCUACUGGAGUAACAGGACCAGGGUUAACUAGUUCAACCAUGUCAUCGUUUACACUAGGAAGUGUUCAAGCCAUUCCUGCACCAACGAGUGCGAGUGUACUAUGGAAAACCUCAGAUACAUCUAAGUCACUCAACACUUCUAUUCUGGGUGCACCGAAUGGAUCAGGAAAUGGAUCUACUUUUUUCCAACUUGGUGGAACAGCAUCAGGUGUAUUUGGAUCGGUGUUGACCAUGAGCAAUAUUAUUACUAAUUCUUUUGUUGUUACGAAGAUUCCUGGUGCAUCCAUGGCGGUAUAUUAUUAUGAUAAUAAUGCGGUAACCAUACAGACAACAUAUUCACGUAUUACUGUUGUCGUUCUACAAGUGGGACGUCCCACUGGUUCUACUGGUCCCACUGGUCCCACUGGUUCUGCUGGUUCUACUGGUUCUACUGGUACUACUGGUUCUAUUGGUGCUAUUACAUGGAAUGUAACGGGUUCUACAGGAAUAGUUGGUAAUCCAUUAACAUAUUCUGCUGGAUUUGUUGGUGUUGGACAGGGACCAACGAGAACCAAUACUUUUUUUCAGACUAAUUUUGGGACAACUGCCGCAACAGGUGGAACUGGAUCAUCUGUGCCACAAUAUCAACUUGAUGUAGCAGGAACAAUUCGUAGUGCUGUACAUCAGUUUAUGGAUAACUCAACACAGAUUACUGCAACACCUGCAUUGGAUUAUGGAACAUUUGGACAGAACUGGGUAUCAUAUACUACAGGACUUAAUUGUCAAGGAUUUGCAAUGUCUGCUAACGGCCAGUAUCAAUUAGUAACGCAUUAUGCCACUGCUGUCAUUGUAUCAAACAAUUAUGGUGUAAGCUGGACACCAUCUGACAGCAGCAGCAGUAAUCUGCCACAAUGCAAGAAAGACAAGGCUAAGUUUACAUCAUCCACCUACUCUUCAGCUUCAGCAGAUCAUACUGACAGCAUCAGCAGCAAUCUGCCACAAUGUAAGAAAGACAAGACUAAGUUUACAUCAUCCACCUUCUCUUCAGCUUCAACAGAUCAUGUGCAGAAUUCUAGAUUGCUUUCAAGCAGCGUUACCCUGCUAGCUCGUCUUCACACAGCUACGACUCGCCUUCAUACAACUCUGACCCGCUUUUAA